AUGGAAGGAGUCGAAGUUAAUGAAUCGCCGCGUAAGCGAUUGAAGACCAGCAGUGAUUCUCCAGCUGACGAAGCCGUCCUUCCUGCUGUCGAUGGGGCUGCUGCUGAAGCCGACUCCGCCAAAAUCUCUGAGAGCGAUGCUCAGGCAUCGAAAGAAGUCGAGGUGGGAAUCACGCAGUUUGUGAGUGCGGAAAGCGAGGGAUUCUCGGGCCUUCUGAAGAAAAGGUACACCGACUUCCUUGUUAACGAGAUCGCUCCUUCAGGCGAAGUUUUACACCUGCGGAAUGUGAUCACUCCGAGCGCUACCCCGAAUAAGGAUGUGAACCAUGCAUCAGAAGUUCCAACGGAGAAUAAGGAGAAUCCAGAGCCUACAACAGCGAAGGAUGAUGCGCCCAACACGAAGAACGCACCCGAGAAUGAGUUUCAACUUGCGGAGGAAGACAAGACGCUCUUGGACUCACUUUUUGGCGAACAUUCUACACACAGGAUUGUUUCGCUGCACAAACGUGCUCAAGCCCAGCCGAAAUCACGACCAAGCGACCUUGGCAAAAUCCCAACCCUCGUUGUCACCGAUCGCGAUCUGCGUAUCAAGAUGCACCAAGCGAUUCGUCGUAUUUUCAAUUCACAACUGGAGUCCUCAACAGAUAGCGAUGGUACAAUGAUUAUCUCAGCCGCCGCAAACAGAAAUAAACGCAGUGCGCAGGCUGGGCCUGCAGGCCCCGGACGGGACCGUGGUCGGGUCAACUGGGAUGAGCUUGGAGGCCCUUAUCUACAUUUCACAAUCUAUAAGGAAAACAAGGAUACCAUGGAAAUCAUUUCAUUUAUUGCGCGCCAGCUGAGGAUGAAUGCGAAGAACUUCCAGUUUGCGGGCACUAAAGAUCGCCGCGGAGUAACAGUGCAGAGGGCUUGUGCGCAUCGCGUGCAAAUUGGCCAACUCGUUAAGCUCAAUGCCUAUCUGCGCAAUGCGACUAUCGGUGAUUUUGAGCAUCGUCAGCAUGGUCUUGAGCUUGGCGAUCUCAAUGGAAAUGAGUUCGUCGUCACGCUUCGCGAAUGUGACAUACCAGGCAUCGAUGUUGGAAGUGGCGAAGCAGCUGUUGCAGAAGCUACUGAGCUGGUAAGCUCGGCCCUACGAAAUCUUCGUGAACGAGGUUACUUCAAUUACUACGGCCUGCAGCGUUUUGGAACCUUUGCGACACGGACGGACACAGUUGGAUUGAAAAUGCUUCAAAGUGAUUUCAAGGGCGCCUGCGAUGCUAUUCUUCAUUACAGCCCUGAUACUCUAGCUGCUGCGGAAGCAGGGGAAAAUUGCACUGCUUUGAUUAGUGCCGAUGACAAGGCUCGUGCAGAGGCAAUCAAGAUUUUCGAAACCAGUAACCAGUGCAGUGAAGCCUUGGAUAAAUUACCUCGAAAGUUUUCGGCGGAAUCCAACUUGAUACGGCACCUUAGUCGUUCCCGAAACGAUUAUCGUGGAGCGUUGCAAGUCAUCCCUCGAAACCUACGGUUGAUGUACGUGCACGCGUACCAGUCACGGGUGUGGAACUUUGCCGCCGGUGAGCGCUGGCGCCUCUACGGCGACAAAGUCGUAGAGGGAGAUCUUGUGCUGAUCCACGAACAUCACGACAAAGAAGACGCUUCUGACACUGCCGCCGGUGCUUUUAGUGAUGUCGAUGCUGAUGGCGAGGUGAUCAUUGCCCCUGGAGCGACAGACAGCUCCUACGUUGGCUUUACACGCGCACGAGCCCUGACUGCCGAAGAGGCUGCUAGCGACAAAUAUACUAUUUUCGACGUCGUGCUUCCCCUCCCUGGAUUCGAUGUUCUGUACCCUGCCAAUGCGAUGGCCGACUGGUACAAACAGUUCAUGGGCAGUGAGAAAGGGGGUGGUCUUGACCCAUACAGUAUGCGCCGGCAGUGGAAAGAUAUCAGUCUAAGUGGGAGCUAUCGUAAACUUCUCAGCCGAAUGGGACCGGACUACUCCUGUGAGGUGAAGCUGUAUUCGAGGGACGACGAGCAGUUCAUUCAAACGGACCUGGACAAGCUGAAUGGCAAGGAAGAAGGCGCAGCUGCUGCGGAAUUUUCGCAGCCUGGUGACAAGGUCGCCGUUGUUCUCAAGUUUCAGCUUGGGGCCAGUCAGUAUGCUACUAUGGCACUGAGAGAACUAAUGAAGGGGAAGGUCAAAACAUACACACCCGAAUACGGAGGAAGGGCAUGA